CUCAACCUCAAUUCUUCCUACCUACCUCAUUCCAAUCUCCCCUCUCAAUGGCCACCGACAAGAACCCACCUAUAAGCGUCACCUCGACGCCUCCCGCCUUCCCAACACCCACGCCCACCCCUCCACCGUGUGACUCACAACCUGCAAAGCUAGAAACGCGCCUCCACCACGCGCGCCAUCUCCUCGCGGACCCGGGCCUCGCAGCACGCAUAACCGCCUUUGUAAACCACGGAUAUAAAUACUUCAAUCCGUCGCUGGAGGGUCGCUGGGUCAUGAGCGACCGCUUCUCCUCGCCUACCGCUAUCCACGACACCCUCGGAGCUGAUGGGAUCUUUGCCGUAACGUACGCCGACGACUUACCCGUCGCGUGUGCGAGCGUGAGCCGGUGGAACGGCGAUAUGGAAGGGCGCGGUGAGGAGGCGGGAGAGGAGGGGUGGGAGAUUAAGACGGUGACGACGCGGAUGGGGUGGAUGAAGAAGGGGUUGGCGGGGCGGUGUAUAGCGGAGUUGACGGAGGAGCUUGUGAGGCAGGAGAGGGAGAGGGGUAGGAAUGGGAAUGGAGAAGGGGAAGAGGACGGAAGGAGAAAGCUGAGACUCUGGAUUCACGUGGUGGACGAGCUUAACUGGGAGUAUUGGAGACGUAGGGGAUGGGAGUAUGUGCGAGGAUACGAAAGGCCGGCGGGAGAGAUGGGUUCGAAGCACGGGUUUCGGUUAUUGGUUGCGUUCAAGGAGGUGGAUAUCGAUGGGGGGCUAGGUAAAGAUGCAAGGGCGAGGGGCGUACUUGAUGGGCUGGGUAGACCCACGUGACUUGCUGUUCGAGAUCUGAAGAAGACAAGAAGAUACACCAUGGGUAGAGAAGCGCAAACAAGCUCCUAUUC